CGUGGCAGCAGAUUCGUCGUGGCUGAAUCGUUUGGGACGUCGUGGCCAUUAUUCGCUGUAAAACAACUUGCGUUCUUUGUUUCAGAAGUGAAGAUACCAGUAUAGAGUCGUAUCUAGUAGAUUUCGUUGGCAGCGCGUGGGCAUUUUCCGCCGGCGAGUACAUCAAGGUAGAGUAAGUACCUUCGACGACUGGAACCCACUUCACAUCCACGUAGCCUUUUUGUUCAUUCGAGCAAAAAUAACUCCACAAGUGAACGAAAAAAGCAACAGGUUGCGAACAUCAUGUUUCGCCUAACCAAUUUUGUUGUCUUUCUUGCCGUCUUGGCGGUCAAUACGGUGGACACUUUUGCGCGGAAACUGACGCAGACCCCGCAAACGCGGACCUACAGCAGGUCGUGGUCGUCGUCGUCGUCCUCUGUGUCCAGUUCUACCUCUACCUUCAACUACGCGAACGGCCGCUCGACAGAACACAAGCACGAGGACAAGCAGAAACGAACCAGCGACCAGGUCAACGAUCAACCGCCGCAGACGACGCGCAAGGAAAGCGAGAAAUCGACGGACAAAGUGGACGGUGUGAAGACCAAGGAAAUCGCGGACUACGAGAACGCCGCGGGCGGAUUCACGUUGCCGGAAGCCUGCGCCAAAGCGGUCGACAAAGCGCACGAAGAGGAUCGCGCCGACCACUGUGACGCUACCUACAUCGGUGACAUCGCUCCGGACCGGGUCAAUUGUGCCCAGGAGGACCUGGCGAACUUGCCCCAUGCGACCGACAAAAAUUGGAUGUAUUUUGUUUUUCGAUAGAGCGAGGUAACAAACCCAAACGAGAACUUCGCGGUUGAGUUCUCAUCCGGCCGGCCGGCCGGAUGAGAACUCAACCACAUCAGCGGCGGAAAUCGACCGGCUGGUCGUCCUGGUCAAUUGGCCCGCCAUUCGCUCGGGCGAAAGGGGGGGGGGCGGCCUGCUGGAGACCGACGCUUCCCUCACUCCACUUUCGCCGGGGGCCGUGUGCAACACAAAAACGCUACGCGCGCCUGCUGUGAAUACAGAGAAGCUACGCUAUGCAGCGGGGCAGAAGUUGGAAAAUUUUAAAGGUGGCGCAUUGUGCGCGCCCGCCGCGGGCGCGCUUUCAUAGUUGGACUGCGCUAUGCCUUUUGGCUUCUGGGUGGAAUUCGAAAGAAUUGAAUGCAAAAACAUUCGCGGGGCUCGCAAACGCAAUAGGCAAAAUUUCGCGGGGCGCGCAACGCGCGCCCGCUAUACGUUGCAAUCGCCGGCCCAGAAAGCGCGUCCGCGCGCCUCUCCGCUGGCUCAUGCUUGCUUCGGCGCAACAGUUGGCAGAUGCGCCGGAUCCGGGUCGGACGCGCUUCGCGCGUCCACCGACUUGCGUGAUGGGAGGCGGGGCCUCGCUCGGCGCGCCGGGCAACCAAUCUCCGACGCGCCGCGCGCGCUGCCCUUUGUUUCUGCCGGCGCCCGAAUCCUGCGGCGCGUCGGGCUCCAAAGCUGCCCCCACCCGAUAGCAGGGACAAUGCAAAUGGCCUGGGCCGCGCUUAUGUGUGCCUCCGCCGGGCUACUGGCGCCCUAGCAAUCUUUAUCGUUUCCCACACGCGAAGGCGGCGCAGCAGGAUGGCCCGCGCGCGCAAGUUGUACGCUGUUGCUUUGCUUCCUGGUGGGGUUCGUCGGCGCCCGGCCGCAGCCGGCAUGGUCACUCAGCCAGCGCUGCGCGCCCGCGUUGGGCUGUGCCCCCAUCCUCUGGGCCCCCAGGCUUAUCGUCUUUUCCGGCGACUCGCAGUAGAAGUAGCAAACAACGCAGCUUCUGCUUCUUGGCUUUAGGCACUUGCCGCAGCUUUUGCAUGACAAAGCUCGGGCUUUUUGCGUAGAAGUGAAACUGCGCAGCUGGGGGGUGACAAUCAAGAAGAAGAGUGAGGCCGUCGACCAGGAGGGAAGAAGGGGACCCGGACGACCGGCCGGCCGAUUUCAAUCCGCCACAGAUGUGGUUGAGUUCUCAUCCGGCCGGCCGGCCGGAUGAGAACUCAACCGCGAAGUUCUCGUUUGGGUUUGUUACCUCGCUCAUAUACUUCUUCGAGAUUUGUUUUUGUUUGUCGAAAUCUACAACUCUGAGACUCACGUAGUCGGGUUCGACAUUCAUUUUACACCGAUAAAUAGAAGACGGCUUCGACAUUCGCAAGAUAAUACUACAACAGGGCCACCUGCGACAGCGAGGUCCGGUUUCAGGCUCCGCCGCCGGCUUCGGCAGUCUCCGCGACCGUGGAUGUGCCGGACGCCCCCGCGGAAGCAACUGCUGCGGAUUCUACCCCCGGCAGCUUUGUGCAGCAGAAAUCCCGGUUGGUGGACAUGACGCUGGAGGAAAUGGCGGAAACCGACGGCGAGCUCGAGGAGGAGAUGAUCGCCAGACUGCAGAACGAGCUGCAGUUGUGAGGUGGAACCGGGAUGGGAAAAAAUGACAAGAUAAAUUGUCAGGAAGAGAUACACGGAAUACAACAAGUGAAGCUUCGAGAAGGAGAUUUUCACGGCUAAGUUUAUGACUAGGAGAAAGUAUAACUGCCGCCUUUAAUGUAACGACAAAUACGUACAAAGCCAGUUACUUCGUUACUUUAUGAUUUUGUAGUAUGAAGAAACAAAGACAAACGACAUAUAUCGAUUGAUUGUGUCCUAGAAAAAAUUAAAUCUUUUGACGGAUUUAUCUUUUUCAGGAGUUUCAUCUGUUUCUCUACUAUGCAUUGCAGAGGUGAUCGCAGUAAGACAUUGCAAAAUUAAAUUGUUAGAUAGAAAAUUGUAUGGAUUGAUCGCGUUAUUGUGCGGCCGCGCCGAUAGCUAAAUGUAAAUAUAAAUACGAUGGAAUGAGAAGGAAGAUUGUUGAUUACUCAUCAAACAAAUCCAUUUUAGACGAUGACUGGAGACGAGAUAUACAGGAAAAAUUUUCUUCAUAAGUCUGAGAAGAGGAG